UCGACAUGCCCUGAUACAAGAGAAGGAUCGAAGAAGAAGAAUACAUGCAAACGAUGCUGCUGCUAACUAGCAUCUGUCGAUGAGCUACACAAGUUCACCUCGUCAUGUUUAACUCCGGUUAACAUCUCACAGACAGGGUGACACCAGAGCCAUGGCAGCUGCACAGUCUGCUAUAACAUUUGCAGUGUGCAUCCUCAUGAUAACAGAGCUCAUACUUGCCAAGAAGGACUACUAUGAUAUACUGGGAGUGCCCAAAGACGCCACUGAGAGACAGAUAAAAAAGGCCUUCCACAGGCUUGCAAUGAAAUAUCACCCUGACAAGAACAAGAGUCCGGAUGCGGAAGUGAGAUUUAGGGAAAUUGCUGAAGCUUAUGAAACUUUAUCAGAUGAGACCAGAAGAAGAGAAUAUAACAAGUUUGGCGACACCUCUGCCUACUUCACCGGACAGACUCAACCCAGACACAGAGAGGGAGCCCACCAGCCUUUCAGCUUCAGCUUUGAUGACAUUUUCAAAGACUUCGACAUAUACAGCCAGAACAGACACGCCCGUCACAGAAGACACUUUGAUGAACACUCCAGGUCCCACAAGGAGUCCCACAGCAGACACAAGAGACCAUCUCAAGGAGGCUUUGGAGCAGGAGGUAUCUUUGAUGACAUGUUUGAAGACAUAGAGAGAAUGUUUACUUUUGACAGACACGCCAAGCAGACUGAAAACAGGUUUAAUGGUGCAUCAAAACAACACUGCAGAACAGUGACGCAACGCAGAGGAAACAUGGUGACCACGUACACAGACUGCACGUCACCUUGAGAUACAAAGACUUAAAAUUGCCUUUAUGGAAUACAAUACUGUUGCAUUGAUUGGGUAACUGAAAGCCACUUAAUUCAGAUGUGAAAUCUGAACCGUGACAUUUGAAUUGACAUUCAGGCACAGAAUGACAAGCACUGACUACACAGUUUACCAAGCUUAGGUCUACUUUGAAAUGAUUGUAGUACUUUUCCAGUUCUUGUUGAAGUAACCUGUACUACAAGCACCUUCUUUUGAUAGUUGAACUUCAAAACAUUGCUAAUUUUACUGUUUUAAUACAUAAAACAGUCCAGGCGCACAAACCUGUUUUGUUUUCACGUUUUGUUCACCCACCACUCAGUUUUUGUAGAGUUAUUGGUUCCUUUUGUGUAGGUUCUGCUAUUGUAAGUCUCAGAUCACAGCUGAGGGCAGAGACAAUAGCUUCUAGCAGAGUUUUGCUUAUGGUUGUCAAAUGGCGAGCAAUGUUAACAACAACCCGGGACCCUGCACACGUUCCUGUGUUUAGUGUUGGAUUAUAGCAAAGCGUUGUCGAUACUUUUCAAUGUAACACAGGCUCCAAGUAAAGAGCCACAAAUGCUGUUGUUUUAUAACUUUUCAUACAACUUGGACAUCAAAAUGCUAAAUGCCAGACUCAAUCAACUGAGUGGCCUUGAUACUUUAUUUUGUGUGCCACCAAGUGUCAAGGGAUAUCUUUACUAAGGCCACCCUUAGAACAAUAAAGUCACAGAUGUUUGAGAUAUUUUAUGGAUUUAAAUUUUUAUUUCAUGAAACUGAACCACGACUCCUAAAAUAUAGGUAUUGGGCCACUUAAACUGUAAACUAUAAUAUGUACCUGGGGUUCUGUGACUCCUCUUUCUAAUAAUCAUCAGAAAAGUUUAAGACAACCAUUCUGUGCAGUGUUGAAUACAGCUGUCCAUUUUAAUUGCAAUUGGUAUUUUGCAGUGUAAAAUAUGUCUGUUGCCGUUAAGAUCAAGUGUUAAGAGCGCUGCAAUGCAAAGCUGAAGAAAUAAUUACAUACAGUAUAUGUGCUAAAAAGCAUUGAUGCUCUUUACAUGAUACAACACUCAAUACAUUCACAUUUCCUAACACUCGUGUUACCUCAUUCCUGGAACAUGCUCCUCUGACAUUUUGCUGGUCAAUAUUUAUUUCUUAUAUUCAUAUCGUUGUUGUAAAAUGUCCAAUAGCACUUUAAAUGUCCUGUUUUAUGUUUGUUUUUCAAAGAAUGUGUUUCUAGGAAUAAAAUAUAUAGAACAAAUUGAUAUUAUUUCCUGUGUCUUUUGUUACCUAAGAAUGAGAAUGAUUUUUUUUGUAAUGAAUUGAUUUCUUUCUUAUGGCUUACAAUAUAUCAUUCUCUCGUUUGUUGUGUGUCCCGCUGAUCAUUUGUUGAUACAGCUGUUAUACAGUAUCUUUAUCUAACUGCCAUAU